AUGACCCUUGAAAAGAACUUCUUCCUAACUUCUAAUUGUACUCUCGGGGGACGCUUGAUGGGAGCUGUUCCUUGGAGGUAUCGGGACAACUCUCUCCUGUUGUUGCCUGGAUCUAGUUGCUGGCUGUUCAAACCAAAAGCAGCAAAAAUGCAGUGGAAGAAAUUACGAGACAACUUCCGCGAAGCUCUGAAGAGGCAGAAAGAUUCGAAAUCAGGUGGUGGACGAAUGUGGAGGUACCAGCAACAGAUGGAAUUCUUAAUUCCUUACAUGCAAAGUAAGACUCAAGAUCCCAGAGAAGACAGCGACAGAACCUCUGGCGAUGGCAACGAAAUAGUUCCUUACUUGGAAGACAGUUCCUACAAGCGAUCAUCUUUUGACCCUAGUGUAGACGAAGAAGGCAAUGAUUCAGUUCCUUCGCUGCCCAGAAGGAAACGAAAAUUGGGCGCCGCUUCCUACUUCGAUGAACAGAAAAAUGAGAAAGAAGAUAGAGAGUUCAAUAGAAACGCUAUUGUGCCCGGUAAUGCCUUAUUAGACUUUUUCUCCAGCAUGUACAACACAACUGAAGAACUUCCUCCGCACCUGCAGAUACAGGUCAAGAGGAAGAUAUUCGAAAUUGUUACAGAAGCGGAGGAAACGGCUCUCGUGUUUCAGCAACAACAACAAGAAUACGAU